AUGUCGCCGAACAGAGGCCCUUCUGCCUCUAAACAGUCUAAUAAAGCUCCUUCGAAGAAAUCCUCCUCGUCCGCCGUUGCAUCGAAGUCUCGAGUUUCCAAAAAAACUGCUACAUCGAAGUCCCCCGUGAAAAGGGAUGCCAAAAGAACGCCUUUUAAGGAAGUGAAAACGAAAGCGCGCACAGAACGAGCCCUACAAAAGAAGAAGAAGCAGCGCAAAUAUACAGAAAAGGAGCUCAAUAUUCCUGCACUUAACAUGAUCACACCUGUAGGUGUGCAAAAGCCAAGGGGGGCGAAGAAGGGUAAAAUUUUUGUCGACGAUCAGGAGAGUAUGAUGACGAUACUGGCAAUGGUGAAUGCAGAGAAGGACGGUGAAAUUGAAUCAAAGAUUAUAAAAGCGAGGCGAAUGGAGGAAAUCCGCGAAGCCAGAAAACAAGAGGCCGAAGCGAGGCAGGAGGAAAAAAAAUCCAAACUCGAACAAACUAAGGAGUCUCUAAAGAGGAAACGGAACAGUAAGAAAAGCGCCAAAGCCUCUACCAGCCAGCAAGGCGAUGACCUCCCUGAGUCAAAGUCAAAAAAGAAACAAGUUUCUUUCGUUUGA